AUGCAGUCCCAGCAGUAUGUGCAACAGCGUCGAAAAUUUGCAGCUGCCUUCCUGGCAUUCAUUUUCAUCUUGGCAACUGUGGACACUGCUGAAGCAGGGAAGAAAGAGAAGCCAGAAAAAAAAGUGAAGAAGUCCGACUGUGGGGAGUGGCAGUGGAGUGUGUGCGUGCCCACCAGCGGGGACUGUGGCCUGGGCACCCGGGAGGGCACCCGGACUGGAGCCGAAUGUAAGCAAACCAUGAAGACCCAGAGAUGUAAGAUCCCCUGCAACUGGAAAAAGCAGUUUGGAGCGGAGUGCAAAUACCAGUUCCAGGCCUGGGGAGAAUGCGACCUGAAUACCGCCUUGAAGACCAGAACCGGAAGUCUGAAGCGAGCCCUCCACAACGCGGACUGCCAGAAGACAGUCACCAUCUCCAAGCCCUGUGGCAAGCUGACUAAGCCCAAACCUCAAGCAGAAUCUAAGAAGAAGAAAAAGGAAGGCAAGAAACAGGAGAAGAUGCUGGACUAAUGGGUGCUGCCUUCUGUGGAACACGAAAAGGACGUCAGCAAACAGGAUCAGUUAACUAUUGCAUUUAUACCUAUGUAGGCUUUUUAUUCAACAGUUAUCUAUAGCUUAAGUACACGAUAGGCAAAAACAAAAAACAGAAAAAUUUUGUAGUAGUGUUUUUUUUUUUUUUUUAAUGUAUACCAUAGGACCACUAGGGGCUUAUAAUAAAGGACUGUAAUCCUACUUAGAAAGUUGACUUAUAGUACAUGAUACAUGGUAGAAAACUGAGGUAAGUUUUUUUGGAGUUAUGUGGUAUUUUACAUUUAAAUUUUUUUUUUUACUUUUUUUUCUUUUGCCAGCAAUUAAGUGUUAUGACCAUGUAAACUACUUUUCUUGUUAAUUUUUUCACCUAGACUUUUUUUUCCCAAUUGAGAAAAACAUACAUACUAAACAAAACAGCAAUAAACUAUAAUCAUCCUAUCUGAGGAAAAUAUCUUGUUUUCUGCCAACGGAU